GUGGCACACUCAGCUGCCAAACAAUUCUGAUUCAUUCAGAAAAUAAAGCAAACAAAACUUAAAUAUCAAAAUCUGGAGGCACUUGAAGGCUACAUCGAAGAGUGCUACGACCGUCUCGUCAUGGGGAAGCCAUCUAAGACGCCAACGUCUAAAAGAAGCCGCCCGGAGGACUCACCUGGCCAUGUGUCACCACCCGGUACAAACUUCACCGACAUCCUGGAUUCCAUCGACAAGAGGCUGACUUGUUUGGAUGGCCGCCUCGCACUUGUUGAGGUGCUCCACAAGGAAUUCCAAGCCAUCCGUGAGAGUUUGGAAUUCGGACAACAGCAGGUCAUGUCUCUCGCCAAGGAGAACGCCGCUCUUCGUGAGACUGUAAAAUCCCUCACCGACGGAGUGACGCAACUCACCCGGGACAACAGGAGCAUGAAGGAGACGAUGCUGGACCUCCAGGCGAGAAGCAUGAGGGACAAUCUGGUCUUCGCGGGGAUACCGGAAAAGACAGAGGAAGAUCCAGAGGAAACCAUCAAGUCCUUCAUGGAACAUCAGCUCAAGCUUCCAGCAGACACCAUCAGGAACAUCACCUUCCAUCGCGUCCACCGGCUUGGAGCCAAAAAGCCGGAGAACAGGAGGCCGAGACCCAUCAUAGCCAAAUUCGAACACUUCAAGCAGAAGGAGCGAGUGAGGAACCAGGGUAGAGAGCUGAAAGGAUCCAACUUCAGCAUCAACGACCAGUUUCCAAAGGAAAUUCUCGACCGGCGACGCCAUCUGUUUCCGCUUCGCAAGAAGUUUAUCACCGAAGGAUGCCGUGCAGUCAUCGCGGUGGAUAAACUUUUCAUCAACGGCCAACUUUACCGUGAUCCGGAAGCCACGCCGUGGCUGUAUUAUUAGCGUCUGAAACACGAUGCCCUCAUGAGGACACCAUGUCUCUGGAGGAUGAACGUGUGUCAAAACCACAGCUGCAGCAGGGCUCACCCGGCCAGGUCUUCCCACGGGAAGCUCGUACAUCAGUGUUAUAUGCCAGCGUGACCCAGCUGUGGACGAGUGUAAAGUGACGGUCCCUGUGGAGGUAUAGCUGAAUACUUGGGGAUGAGCCCCUAUUGGACAAGGAAGAUCUCCAUCAGCCACGAAUGACCACACACUUCUUGAGUCUUUGGUCCCUCGAGUGUUCAAUUGAACUGUAAUGAUGCAACUCUCUUCCUUGAUCCAUUUUCUAGACCAAUUAUGUUGUCAGGGCCACAGCCGGCAGUCCAUUCCAACUGACUUGGAGACCCAACAAAGUGCACUAUUUGGUUGAGAUCCUUCAGAGGUGCAAUUGAUUCAGGCCUU